UGCUAUAAUGCUCUAGUCCCAUCCAACGUGCGGUACUCUCGGCGCCGCCACUCCCUUCCUGCCACUUGCUCCCAAACUUCAUAUGAAGCAAUGCGCCUUCUACUGCGCAACGAUACCGGCGAGUUCAAUCUCACCAAGGCCUGGGUUGGCGAUGAAAGUAUCCCUCCCUAUGCGAUACUUUCACAUACUUGGGGAGCAGACGGCGAUGAGGUCACCUUUGAGGACCUAAGAAAUGGCAUUGGCAAGGAUAAGCCAGGCUAUGAGAAGAUCCGCUUCUGUGGAGAGCAGGCCAGACAAGAUGGCCUGCAAUACUUUUGGAUCGAUACCUGCUGCAUCGACAAGGCAAACUUCACCGAACUCUCGGAGGCUAUUAACUCCAUGUUCCGCUGGUAUCGCGACGCGGCUCGAUGCUACGCGUAUCUGCCUGAUGUUUCCGGCCCUGCAUUUGACAUUCACGAGGACAAAGAUCCGCAGCCUUGGGAGUCGGAUUUCCAAGGGAGUAGUUGGUUCAAACGGGGUUGGACGCUCCAAGAGCUUCUUGCCCCGCGUUCGGUCGAAUUCUUCUCCCGAGAACGCACGCGACUAGGCGACAAAAUAUCGCUACAGCAACAUAUUCAUGAGAUAACAGGUAUUGCUGUCUCAGCGCUACAGGGAGGCCAGUUAUCGCAGUUCCCCGUCGAUGAGCGACUAUCGUGGACAAAACGUCGCCAGACCAAGCUCGAAGAAGAUAAGGCGUACUCGUUACUAGGCAUCUUUAGCGUUCAUAUGCCCCUUAUUUAUGGCGAAGGGAGAGAUAACGCAUUCAGACGACUCAGAGAAGAGAUUGAAAAGUGUUCAAAGGGUCUCGUGCAGCGACCAGCGUCCGUCCAAUUGCAGAAGGAGGACCACGAAUGCAUCCAACAUCUACGCCUAACGGACCCUCGCGAUGACAAGAAGCGCAUCCAAGACACCAAGGGUGGCUUGCUGGAGGACUCGUACCGCUGGAUCCUCGAGAACCCCGACUUCCAACAAUGGCAUGACAGCCAGCAGAGCCGACUGCUAUGGAUCAAAGGGGACCCCGGCAAAGGCAAGACCAUGCUACUCUGCGGCAUUAUCAAUGAGCUGAAGAGGUCCAUCGCUCAAAAAGAUCUUUUGUCCUACUUCUUCUGCCAGGCCACGGACGCGCGAAUCAACAAUGCCACAGCCGUGCUGCGAGGUCUAUUGUACUUACUUGUUGACCAGCAGCCUUCGCUUAUCUCACAUAUACGGAAGAAGCACGAUCACGCAGGCAAAACACUAUUCGAAGAUGCAAAUGCAUGGGUUGCCUUGUGCGAGAUCUUCACAAGCAUCCUGCAAGACCUGAGCUUAACCAGCACGUACUUAAUUGUUGAUGCGCUCGACGAGUGCGUAACAGACUUGCCAAAACUGCUAGACUUCAUUGUUGAGCUGUCUUCCGCAUCCCUUCGUGUCAAGUGGAUUGUCUCUAGCCGCAACUGGCCGGACAUUGAGGAACAGCUAGCGAGGGCGGGACAUAGGGUGAGACUAAGCCUUGAGCUGAACGCAGAGUCUGUUUCUGCCGCUGUUAGCGUGUUUAUCCAGCAUAAAGUGCUUCAGCUAGCGCAAGAUAAAAAGUACGAUGGCAAAACAACAGAGGCAGUACAGCACCACCUGUCAUUAAACGCAGAUGGCACUUUCCUCUGGGUAGCUUUGGUCUGUCAAGAUCUCAAGAAAAUAUCACGAUGGAAGGUGCUUGCGAAGUUAAAUGCGUUUCCACCUGGGCUUAACUCUCUGUACAGGCGAAUGCUAGAUCAAAUAUGCAAUUCGGACGACGCGGAUCUCUGCAAGCGGAUACUAGCCGCUAUUGCAAUCGUUUACCGACCCGUCACGGUGCAAGAGCUUACAUCUCUUGUCGAGCUGCUCAAGGAUAUGGCUGAUGAUCCAGAGUCGUUGCAAGAGAUAAUUGGCCUUUGCGGCUCUUUUCUCACUAUUCGAGAGGAAACUGUCUAUUUUGUGCAUCAGUCGGCAAAAGACUUUAUCCUUACAAAGGCAUCCGACAACAUCUUUCCGUCUGGUAGAGAGGAGGUCCACUAUGCAUUCUUCUCAAGGUCGCUCCAGGUUAUGUGCAGCACACUUCAACGAGACAUGUAUAACUUGCAUGCGCUAGGAUAUCCUAUUGAGCGGGUUGAACAGCCAGACCCAGAUCCAUUGGCGGCGUUGCGCUACUCGUGUAUCUACUGGGUUGACCAUCUUUAUGACUGGAAUUCCAUCUCUUCUGCAGUUUAUCCGGUCGACCUACAGGACGGAGGUAGCGUGGACAAGUUUCUAAGACAGAAAUACCUCUACUGGCUGGAGGCUCUAAGUCUUUGCAAGAGUAUGCCGAAGGGAGUAGUGUUAAUGGCAAAAAUUGAGGCUUUAAUCUAUGGAAGAGCAGGCGCCUCUGCUGUGCUUGAUCUAGUUCAAGAUGCGCGUCGAUUUAUUAUGUAUCAUAAAGGUGCAAUAGAGAGCGCUCCUCUUCAGGCAUAUGUGUCAGCACUCGUGUUCAGCCCAACUCGCAGUCUAAUACGGCAUCUUUUUAAAGAGGAGGCACCCCCCUGGCUCACAAUAAAGCCGGCUAUAAGGGAUGAAUGGGGGGCCUGCCUGCAGACGCUCGAAGGCCAUAGCCGUGGGGUCAGCUCAGUGGCCUUCUCUCACGACUCAACACGGCUGGCGUCGGCGUCGCACGACAUGGCCUUCUCUCACGACUCAACACGGCUGGCGUCAGCGUCGUACGACCGUACAGUCAAGAUCUGGGAUGCAAGCAGCAGCGUGUGCCUGCAGACGCUCAACGUUGGCACGACGCUCAACGUUGGCACGACGCUCAACAACAUGUUAUUUGACACUACUGGUUUCUAUCUUCACACUAGUAUUGGUACUAUCAAUAUUAGUGUAACACCAUCAGUUUUAAGUACUUCUAUAGAGCCUCGGAAUCCGAGAUAUGAAGGCCUAGCGUUGAGUUCAGAUAGGGUAUGGAUAACACAUAAUUCUGAGAAGCUAGUAUGGCUGCCAUCAGAGUAUCGGCCAUCAUGUUCGGCAGUGUCAGAGAAGGCAAUUGGCAUUGGUGUCGGAUCUGGAGGAGUCUGGAUAUAUAAGAGUUUGCUUGAUAUAUCUUAGAGUAUUCU